AUGGCUCCACAGGGUCCAGCUUACGAGAUUCGUUUCUGCAAAGACAAUGUCGUCCAAGUAUUUGACCUGAGCACAAGACAUGACCAUGAAAAAGGACUUCCUUUUGAAUACGAUGAAGAUGAUGUCUUACAUGGAAGGCUACGUUAUUCCAAGCUUGCUGGCAACCGACCUCUUUCUUCAGCAACAUUCGAUGAUAAUCCCCACCAAGUCAUUUCAACAAGACGUGUACGAGUACCACAGGAUAUCCUAUUACAAAUGGAUGGCAACCGAAGAUCCUUGAUAACGAAGAAUGGACAAACGUGUAUCACAGAUUGUGCAACCACGAGGUCUGUUUCAAUCAUUAGCAGCAGCAUUGUUGAUGAUGAUGUUGAUGAUCAAGGCCGCCCGCUAUCCUUAACGGCAAGUACGAUUUGCAGUACAAAAGAGUGGGAUGAUCGCAUUGGCCCUUCUCAUCUUCCAGUAUCCUCAACAACACCCGCCAUGUCAACCAACAGCAGCAGCAGCAGCAGCAGUAAUGAUACUAGUAGUAGUAUGAUCAAGCCAUCAUCUUUGCAUGAAAAUCAUAGUCCGAACAAAGACGGCGAGGCACCACGACCAUUACCCCCUGUGUCGCCUCAUCCGCAACAGCACCAGCACCAAUCACUUGUCGAGCAAGCUCGUGCACCUUCAAACAAUGAACAUGCACACGUGUCUCCAUUACCCGCUGUUCAUAGCAGCAACAACAUGCAAGCCAAUAACAUGUUCGCAUCAACACCAUCCUCCACCACCAUCCAAAUGGAUCAACACCAUCCUCCCGCCAUUUCCACCUCAAAACAACAACAACAACAACAUCCCAUGCCUUUGGAUAUGGAUGAAGAGCGUCCUGCUGGUUCAGCCUGCUGUUGUAUCAUUUGUUGA